GCAGACGUAUUAAUCAGAGAGGGGCCAUCUGCUGCCUUGGUAAAUAAAUGGGAAGGAGCGUGCCGGACCCAGCUUCCCAAAAGGGGGAGUGAUCACAAGCCGGGGUGCUCGCUUAAAACACUGGUCUCCCGCAAAGCAGAGAGAAAAGGGCUCCAGCAGCUUCCUAUUCGAGCAGCUCUCCGUAUGUGCCAAGGUGUUGCUCUUAAGCAGGGAGUGGAGGUCAGUCUGGGGUAAGGAGGGCGACCAGCGUUCAUGUCGUUAUCAGGUCUCUGAGAAGAGCCAAGAAGCUUAUUUGCAAUUGCACCGAAGACUUUUGAGAAACUUUGGAACACACCAAACUCUCCUGCUAACCUGCCAUAGUUUCAUUCCUUUCUCACCUCCCCCAUAUAUCUAUAUAUAUAUAGAGAGAGAGAGAGAGAGACAGACAUAUACCAUUUUUAAAUCCAGGAGUUUAAAAAGCAGGGGGGUGGAAUUAAGAUAAUUCUUGAUUACUUCAUUUUCUUACAAUUAUUUAUUGGUUAACUAUUUGAUUGGGCUUUGGACUUUGUAGAAGGAAGCCGGGGAUCGCUAAAAUGCCUUUGGGACAUAUCAUGAGAUUAGAUCUCGAGAAAAUAGCCCUGGACUACAUUGUGCCCUGUUUGCACGACAUUGGCUUCUGCUACCUGGACAAUUUUUUAGGUGAGUUAGUAGGGGACUGUGUCCUGGAACGAGUAAAGCAGAUGCACUAUGAUGGAGAACUGCAGGACGGUCAACUGGCAGGCCAACACAAUGGCAUCUCCAAAAGACACCUGAGGGGAGACCAGAUAAAGUGGAUCGCAGGCACUGAAGAAGGCUGUGAGGCCAUCAACUUUCUUUUGUCGCUUAUAGACAGGCUGGUGAUGUACUGUGGCAGUAGACUGGGCAAGUAUUAUGUGAAAGAAAGAUCCAAGGCUAUGAUCGCUUGCUACCCUGGGAAUGGAACUGGCUAUGUGCGCCAUGUAGACAACCCCAAUGGCGAUGGACGUUGCAUCACGUGCAUUUACUACCUGAAUAAAAACUGGGAUUCAAAGUUGCAUGGUGGGAUUCUACGAAUAUUCCCAGAGGGGAAGUCCUAUGUAGCCGAUGUUGAACCCAUCUUUGACAGAUUACUUUUCUUCUGGUCAGAUCGAAGGAACCCACAUGAAGUGCAGCCUUCCUAUGCAACGAGAUAUGCCAUGACUGUAUGGUAUUUUGAUGCUGAAGAAAGAGCAGAAGCCAAAAAGAAAUUCAGGAAUUUAGUUGAUGCUGGGAAGACAGAAGCAGUUCUCAAUGAAGACUGAGUAGUGACUUCCCAGUGUAGCUCUUUAGUAGUGAUAUUUUGGGGACUCUUUGCAAGCAAUAAGAUCCAAAGACAACAUGGUUACUGGACACUCUUCUUACCUGCGGAUAUGCACUGUUUGGGGCACUGUUUGGUAUUUGCAUAUUAUACUGAUGGUACUUAUGGCAGCCUCCUAGCCAACCCAUUGGGCAUAAAAGCACCCCUGUUUUCUACUUGCCUUUCACAGAAGAAUGCCACCAGAGUUUUUAGAAAAUGAAGAAGAUCGCCAAGCUCUCCUGCUAAUGUCAACCAACAGGCCUUUAGCCUUAAAAGAUACUAAACAUUCAAAAUACCUGGGGAAACCUGACUCUUAUUUGCACUUUAUUUAAAUAUUCUGGUUCAAUGGGAAGGAGCUUUAUAAAGGAACUUCAGUGGCAGACUGCAGAUGGCAAUCAGGAAUGCAAAAUAGAACUGUGAGGUUGCAGAGCGCCAACUUGGUUAUGCUCAACAUGGGGCCUUUGAUGGGUUGCCUGGUCACUUUGCUGUACAGACUAUUGGCUUAACUGUCUUGUAUCAUUAAUUUCUAAAAAGGAUAAGCCUCCCAUUUGCCAUAAAACUGCCUGGAUUUGAUCCACAUUGCUAAAGUUGAGCAGCGGCAGCGGUUCCAUUGCUUGGCCUUUCCAAGCCCCAGGACAGGGGCAGAAGCAGUUGCGCAGCUGUCUACUAUUUUGUGAAAAACAUUCUCUUUCUGCUAUCUGAUGGAUCUGUGUAUCCUUUUUUAAACUCUGGGAAAAGUUAAUUACAAACUAAAUGUGUUAAUGCCAAGAAAUUCAUUUUUUAAAAAAAAACAACAACAGAUCUUCCACCAGCCGCGCAUUGAAUGACAGAAGUGGAACUCUGAGAAUCCAGCUUUAUGUUUGUUACACUGAAACAAAUGCAUUGCAGAUAACUGUAGCCAAUUAAUGAUGUGGGAUGCAAUCUUAAAUCAAGCUGUGAUUAAAUUUCUCAGUCACAUAGAUGGGGCUAAGGAUUGUAGCAUUGGAUCUUAAACCUAAUCACAGUUGUUUUUGAAUCUAUGAGAAUAUGUGUUUACUGUUGCAGCCUAAUUCUAGGAUUGGUUGGAGCGCCAGAGAAGGGGUUUCAGAUGGGAUAUACCAGUUUCUGCUUCUACGCAGCAUUGUAAAGCGUUACCCUGCAGGCAGAUGCACUUUUGAAGAUGUGUAGGAAUAGGGCUCUUAGCUUCCAUACUACCAAAUUAUAUUCACGCUGCAGGCCAGAUGUUUGUGCACGUUCAUUCCUUGCUACACAGAGCGAAAAAUAGUAUCAGCCCUAAGUGUUCAGUCCCCCCCCCCCCCACACACACAAUCUCUUGUAUGUGAGCUGCAAGUUCUGUACACAGUCAGGUUUGGUAAUGACUAAGCACAGAUUUUCUUAUUCUAGAGCAGACCUGAAGAAUCUGUGUCCUACUCAACUAAAAUCAGCCAGAUCGUGCAUUGUGGUCUACAAGCUACUUGCCAACUUUCAUUUCUGGCAGGAAAGCAAAACCAGGAGGUGCAUCAAAUCCCUAAUGGGCCACAUACCUGGCUUCUUGAGUUGAGUGCAGCUCAUGGAUCAUGUUAUGCAGGAUUGAACUAGGGCAACUUCACUUAGUGAUUUUUCUAGUCUUGGUGGCAGAAACCUGGUUCAUGCUUAGAAACAAUAUCCUUUUUUUCUUCAGAACAUGUAAUGUAAACACUCCUGGAUUAUAAACUUUCUCUUCAUUAGUAUCUACAGUUGUGUGUCAGAACACCUUUGUUCUUCCACAUGCAUAUAUUUUCCUCCAUGUGCUGUAGCUUUCCAGAAGUGCUAUAGACUCUGGCAAUUUCCAUUCUUCUUUUCCAUGCUAACCUGCUUGUUCUUCAACCAAUUCAUUUCCCAUGUUAUUUUUUUAAUGCAGCUAAAAGAGGCAUGGCUGUCAUUAUAUGCCUCAUUCUAGGACAAGCACAUUGCAUUCCCAGAAAGUGGAGCCAGCGAACAAGACUAGUAUUUAAGAAGUGCCCAGCCUUAACCACUUUCUGUUGAGAAUAUUUCAUAUAGACAAAAAUGCAGGAUAUAAAAAGCAAUAUAUUUCAUGGUGGUUAUUGGUUUCACAAAAGAGGGUUAUCUUGCUGCCUGCAUUUGGGACUUGAAUUUUUAAGAUAUCAGAGUGACUUCUAGAGGGGCUGUAAAAGACCUCUACCUGAGACCCUGGGGAGCUGCUGCCAGCCAGAGUAGACAAUAAUAGUCUUGAUAAUCCAAUGGUUGGUAUAAGGCAGCUUCAAGUGUUCAUGUGUUUGCUUUUUCUCAAAUUUUCUGUUGAAGAGUCAUGUGUAACCACAUAGCUUGUCACCAUUUUGGUGAGACUGCCAUGUGACCACUGGUCAUAAAGCUUUUCUUGCAUGUCAGGAAAAAAACAGUUUGUUCAUUUGGACUUCCGUAAAUGGGGCACAGGAGUCAGUUAAUUUUACAUUACAGAACUGAUCAUUACCAAACUUAGUUAGGUUAUUUUUCUGUGUCAGGAUUCUCUAGUACAAAAAGGUAUCUCAGUUCAUGUUGUCUAAGGACAUGCAAGAACGCAUGAUGCUUCUUGGAGAAAAGCCUAGGGCUGUGCGGCCGGAAUGGGCCUAGUGGAGGCACACUGCUGGAAGUCUGAUUUGCAGAGACUUUUUAAAAAAAAAACCUGACUGUGACAUAACUAUAGCCAUUUUAAGAACAAAAACAUAUUGUUAGAAUUGAAAGAAGUUCUCAUCUUUAAAUCACUGGUGGCCAGUGUAUCUCAAAAGCAGUAGUGCUGCAACCAGCAUCCCUGUGACUCAUCCACCUGCCCGUCUACAGUUUUUCUUGACUCUGAGUAAACUUUUCAAGAUCACUGCCACCCUAACUAUGCUUAAGUGAGGCUUCCUUGAGCUACUGUUGGUUGGAUCCUACAGAUCCAUGCUGUUAAUAGUGCUUUCCUCCGGUUCAAGGAGACUUCCACUGGCAGAAGAUGGGUGGAUGGCUCCAUACACGAGAGAAAAACCACCAUUAAUAGAACAGAUUUGUAGGCUCCAGCCCCAUGACAGAGUGUAGCAGGAUGUUUAAAGGAGUUAAGAUGUACCUUAUUUAAGGAAGAUAUUCAUUAUAAACAGCUUAAAGUUUUUAAAUGUAAAAAUAUUGGCUCAGAGUUUUUCCACAGGAUUUCCACUUGUGGAAUGUUUAAAGGUAUUUGUGCUGCAGUGACAGGAUAACAACCAAGGUUGCUUCACACAUGACAUUCUUCUUGUAUGGGUAUAAAAAACAGGUCUAUGUUUACGCACACUAAACAUCACAGACCUGUCUCUUUUGCGGUAUAUACAUGAUUGGGCAACUAUGGUUUGUAACAGGUUCCCAUUACAUAUGUAUAUGACAAACCUGUGCACGAUCUUCCUAUAAGAUUAUGGUGAUGAACAUUUCCUCCUUCCUGUCAUCUGUGAACCUGUGUUCCUUACUUAAAUACAAAUCAAAAGGGAGAAAAACAGACUUAGACAUUGAUUCCCUUACCUGCCCUUGAUUCGUCAGGGACUCCAGAAUACCUAUGAUGGAGUAUUUCUGUAAUAUCCCCUCUCUUCUUCAUUUUUUAAAAACUUAAUUUCCUACUCGAUAGUUAGCCAUGUUGAUCUGCAGUACAACAGGAUUUUAGUCCAGAGGCACCUUAGGGACCAACAAGAUAUUCAGAGUAUAAGCUUUUGAGAGCCAGAGGUCCCAGUUUCAUGUCUGAAGAAGGGAGGUCUGACUCGAAAGCUUGCCCUCUGAAAAUCUUGUUGAUCCCUAAGGUGCCACUGGACUAAAAUCCUAUUGCUCAUUUUCUAGUUAAGACGAAUUUCCUAUUCAUACCUUUGAAUCAUCUCAAAACUUGAAAACCGAGCGUACUCAUCAGAAGGAACAUUUCAGGGAUCCAUUGCAAAGUAUUUGUUUUUAAUUGUGUAAAAAUCUUAGGAUUAAAAAUCUUAAUGCAGACAUUAGGUAGGAAUUGUGUUAGCAGCAAUCUAAUGAAAUAAUUGGAUUAACAAAGAAACUUUACUCAUUUUUAAGAGCCUGAAAAGAAAAGAUUCUCUUCAUUGUCCCUUUAACAUCACCACAGGAAGAUAUCGGUGAGGGACUGGAACGGGGAAGAUCUGAAAGGAAAAGUGAAAUAGCUGUACAUUUAGGCAAGAUUACCAAGCACUUUUGUUUCGUAUCCAUUCAGACAAAGCAAUGAACAUUAAAUGGAGCACCAGCAUAAUCCUACGGCUGUUGACCGGGAGGUGACACCAUUUGCCUCUGUGGAGAAGCUGUACACAAGCCCUGGCUCUGCUCUGCUCAUGUGUAAAGGAGAUAGUCUAUGAUUAAAGUGCUGAUAUUCAUGAUGCUUAUAAAUAUGUUAUAAUUGCUGGGGGUGUCAUUUGAUAUUCAAAUUGAUUGAUACGGCUUUUAAUUCUUCAAAUUUUAAUACAGCUGUAUAACCAAAAUCUCCAGUAGGUAAGUGUCUUUCCGAAGACAUCGCUGAAAGGGCAUAAUUUUUCAUAAGCAGGACAGAACUAAAAAAUUUAAUGCUUAUUACAAGGAAAAGCCAACUUUAAUAUUUUCUUUUUCAAUAAAUAUAAGAUUCUGAAACACAGAAUGCUUAUAAUAACAUGAGCAAAAUGGCAUUUAUACACCCUCCAAAGUUUUUGUUCAAACAACGUGUUCACUGUGAAAAAGAUUUUGGGCAAGAAAUCCAAGUACUGUUAUUUAAAAAAAAAUACUAUUCCUAUGAAGAGACUGUUUCUAUUUUUGCCUGAUGUGCUAACAGGACUGUAUUAAUCUCAGUUUCCUUUAUUCUAUGAAUCUGUGACUUCUGGAAUUCAAUCCCUGUUCUCACCCUAGAGUUUUACUCUGUUGAUUGGGUAGCAUUAGAUUUAUUUUUAAUGUCGUUGGUUCUAGUACUGCUUGCAUGGAAAUCACCUCUGUUUGCUGGCGGAUCAUUCUUUUUACUCCUUUGACUUCCUCCCCACCAACCUCUCUGGGUAUAUCUAUUGCCAGGCUGCAUGCUGGUCAUCUUUGCUGGCAGGUGGGGUGGAUACUGAAACAUACUGUGGUAUUUUGCCAUCCAACCUAUAUUUUUGUGUUCAUGUUAUUUAAAAAAGAUGUAGAAUGCAAUAAAGUGUUGCAGGAGUCAAUA